AAACACAUCUCCUUUGGACCCUGUGCUAAUCGCUUGAGAGUAAGAGGAUAUGUUGAAGAGCGAGAAAGUUUAAGGUGCUUGUUCCAAAAAGUGGAUCUUGUAGUUAUGCCUUCAAGAACAGAGGGCUUUGGACUUACAGGACUCGAGGCAAUGUCAGCUGGUCUCCCAGUGCUCGUUAGUAGCAAUUCUGGUUUUGUAAAAGCACUGCGAAGUGCAGCUUUUGGUUUUUUCAUUUGUAAUUGACUAAGAGGACCCUGCAAUCUGGACCGUAGCCAUCCAGAAAAUCUGGUCCAAGGAUUGCCUAGUCCCUAGGCCUCACUUUUACGCGCGGCCAAAGCGUUUCGGGUCACGUGGUCCAUGCGAAAAUGUGAGGCCGUUUACCGCCCGUUCGCCUCGGAUACGUCACCGAAAAACAAAUUGACCGAGAGGGACUGGGAAAACGCCGUACAGGAACUAGGCAAGUCCAAGGACAGAAAAAGUCGACUUGACGAAGCGGUGACCUUGCGUGAUUCUUAUGGUAGGAAAUACGACUGGGCCAAACAGAUAAAAGAGUUAGUUGACAAGAUGAGCAGCUUGACUUAUUGUAGGAAUGUCGAUUAUCUUUUUCUUCAAUGAUACGUUGUCAGAAAAUAACAGAAAAAGGAAAACAGACUAAAAUGUUUCCCUGAAAUCUAAAUAAGAUGGCACGUGAAUACGUUUUUGUACGUUAUGCUGAUAUUAGGAAAACUGUAAUGUUUGUAAUUUCUUCAGCUACAUUGUUUUCUGCAGCGGAAUGGUUUAUAGAGAGCGGUCAUAGGCUUUAUUUACAGCAUUUCACAUACAGCUGUAUAUGAUUGAAGCCAUUCAUACGUUAUCAUCGCAACACCCUGGUUUCAGGAGCCGAUUAUGUUUUCGUCCAUUUUGUUUCAACAGAAGAUUAUCCAAAGGCACGGAGCUCCUUAGAAACAAAGCGCGAGGCUUCUCAGAGGGCGGAAGGCGUGACUGAGGACCACGAAGGUACAUGUUCGUGCACUUUGUAAUAAAUGUACCUCCUGUUGUCUAUGAAGGAGUGUUCAUAUGAAUCACUAAAAUAAAUUGAAUUUAGAUGACUCGGAAAAACUUAGCCUAUUGGCAGAUAAACACCUCUACACAAUUCUCUUACACUCGUGUUAUUCAAGUUCCCGGAUGUACAGUCACACGGUUGGCAGACCAGCAUAGACUCUGCUUUCACACCUAGAAAAGUGCUUCUUUUUUACCAAAUGAGCCUGCCAAAAAAAAAACAUGCACGCAUGAGAGAAUCAUGAGGGACAUUUCACUGAUCUUUAACGAACUUAGAGUUUCUCCUUUUUGAUUUAUUUGCAAUAAUUAUAAGUAGAGAAAAUUGGGGAAUUCAACAAUGACAAAUUCCCCACCUGUUGAUGAAAAAUACCCCUCUCUAGGAGAUACAACGUGAUAAAUGCCUGACAAGCGUCCUUGAUGGCCUGUGUACAGUCGCCCCCCUCACUUCAGAAACUCGGGGAGAGACUUCUUUGAUUUCUCUCGCAGAUUUCUUCCGAGGGGAGGCGGGGCGUCUGUACAUACGCUACCUUGGAGGAAUGGGCGCACUUGGAAGUGACUGAACCUUAACUUCCAUUGAGAUUAUCCUAAUUGUAGCCAAUUGUUUGGCAUGUUUCCACAGAGUCUUCUAUGGAAAUUGACAACAAGCUAAGAAAAAACCCUAGUGUUAACAAGCAUCUCAAUUCAGAGGCGUCCCUUGAUAGUGACUGUGAAAAGAAAGCUGGUCCUGCAUCAGGAAGUCAAACGGAAAUAUCCAUAAAUGAAGUUUCCGAGUCACAGAAUAGACAUAAGCGCAAAAAGUCAGAAUCUGAUUGCGAUCCAGGUAUGGGCUAAUGUAAUUUGCUUUCUUGUUUUUGCCCACUAGUACAUCUUAAGGGUCGGUUUUCUCAGAGGCGCUUUUUCCCUUCAAGAUUUGUUACCGUUUACACCGUGGCUGUUCAAUACUUUGUUCAUUGCAGCUGGUAGCUAAAAUUCAGUACCAGAUUUUACCUUGGGCUGGCGAAUACAAAAAUAUGAGAACCAGAUUUUAUAGACCCUGAAACGAUGAAGAAUGAAGUAAAGUUACAAGAAUAACAACAAAUUUACUUUAUUUCAGUAUUUACGUCGCCAGUAGCUUGCUUGGUAUCAAUGACCCUGAUAAGAUCUACAGAGACCUGUGUUGCUUACCAUUUACAAAAACCACCCAGAUGGAAAUCUUGUGCAUAAACAUAAAGCUAUAAAAUUUGACGUGGUGGAAGAACGGAUCGCUACGACGUAUAUCCAAACCCGCUGGACAGACUAAUUAAAAAGUGUGGAAAAUUGCAUCACCUCAAAUCAUAGCCCAUAUUUUCUGAAGCUUCCCAAAUGGAAUUUUCUAACCAGAAUUUCCUGUUUUCGCAUGUAAAUGUUUAGUACGCCUGGUGACUUAAAAAAAUGCUAUAUUCGGAUUGUGGCAUUUUGUUUCUUCACUAACUGCACACACUCUGAUCUGGUUACUUCUACCAAAUGCGGACAUAUUUAUCCCAUGAUUGCUUUCUAGCACAUGGCUGACUCAGGUUGUUAGAGCUCUACAUUAGAGGGACUAACUAGCGGUUGCAAAUUUUAAGUAUGAUGCUGCGAACAGAUGCUGGGUAGUAAAACAACAUCAAUUGACUCUGAAGAUGGCUACGGCACAGGUUGUCGAAACGUCAGUCACUGUCAACAGCAACAGUCCUAUUCACGGACUAGGUUCACCCGGACGAUCAUACCCAACCUACUUAUGAAAUAAUUCCUGGGUUUAAACCUUUCACGAAACAACAUCUGAUAGACUAUGAACUGACAAUACCGUCACAUUUUGCUUAUUACGGACUAUUUUAUUGGGCCAAUUAAUAUUUGUGAGUGAAAGGACUAUGAGGGUCCCUACAAUCACUGUUUCUUUGUGAUUUGGGUUUUUGAAACUGUUUGCGCGCUUCACAAUGUGCGAAACUAAGGGCAAUGAAUGAUUUUCCAGUAAUGUGAGACUUAGUUAUGCGCACAGGAUUAUGGGAUCGCCAAGGGGGCAAACAUUGCAAAUCGCUACAAAGAAAUGUAUGGCUUGGAGCUGUUUCUCCGUUAAAAGCAGUGUCUUUGGACAGAGAAUGCCGCAUUUUGCCGUGAUUUUAUGAGAAGCGGAGGUGUCUAAUGUUGGUGUUUUGAAAUUGUAAUUUUUUUUGGGAUCAAUGCUAUGAAAUCUAUCGAUAAACACUCCUUGCGUAAGGUCGACUGUGAAAUUUACUGAAUGGUCUCGAAAUAUAUAGUACUAACUUAGGUAUAAAUGAGCGGGGAAUGCGGACUCAUUUAAGCCUUUCCAGUUGUACUUACAUGUGCUCAUAUUUACAAUGAGUAUAAUUACGCUCCGCUCGGCGGCGAUCACAAUGCUGUGCCGGUUUGUGACAACGAUCGAAGGUAAGCUUAUGUAUUGUCGAAUUUGAUAUGUAUUAACUUUAAAAACAAAAACAAAUUCCCCACAUUAGUAUAUUGAUUUCUUCUCGCCAAAAAAAACACAAGCGAAAUGUUUUGUUAUGAUCCAGAGCACCAAUGAGUUCUAAUGCCUUUUCCAAUCAUUUUUAGGGAAGAUAUAGAAUCUCUGAAUUUCGCACAUGAACUUGGUAUUUUAUAUUUACACACUCUGACUGCUUUUGUAUCGGAAAUCUUACUCGUUCUACGAUUUCUGCCUCGUCUACUAAUGGUUAAAUACCAUGUACUUUCCAUGAAAUAUUUCGUAGAUGUCACUUUGUUUAUACCAAAGUAAACGAGGAUUAUUUAUUUUUAUGGCCACGUACAUACCAAUGAUUGUUGUCUUGUCAUAACCCGCACGGCGCUCAUCGCGGCCGAGCGUAGUUACACUCGUCGUAAAUAUCACCACACGUAAUUAUAACUUAAACGCUUAAAUGAGGCAAUCCCCCUACGUGUAUACCUAAAUUUGUACUAUAUAUUUCGAGACCUUUUCUUCAUGUAGAUCACUGUGUAAAUUCAGUAAACAUGAAUUUCACCCUCAACCUCACGCAAGGAGUGUUUAUCGAUAGAAUUUAUCGCAUUAAUCACACAGAAACUUGAAAUUUCAACGCCCCAACAUUAGUCACCUCCGUUUCUCAUAAAAUCGCGGCAAAAUGCGGCAUUCCCUGUCCAAAGACACCGCUUUUAACGGAGAAACAACUCCACGCCAUACAUUUCUUUGUAGCGACUCGCAAUGUUUGCCCCCUGGCGAUCCCAGAAUCCUGUGCGCAAAACAUGGGUCUCAGAUUACUGGAAAAUCAUUCAUUAGAAUGACACAACAGGUGUUCUACAAUUUACAAUUAAGUUAUAAUAAUACCGCUGGACAUUUCGGCUAAAAAUACUGAUCCCGACACAAAAAUCGAGAUUGUAACACCUAAAUAGCGACAGGACACCCAAUGAACCACUGGAGACCCCAAACCUAGUGCGCUGCUCGUCUGAAGGCUCGCAGCAAGAAUGCUUUUCACCAGGUACAGCUUUGCCCCGAUCCACAGCUUUACCCCAAGUCGAAAGAGGGUGUUUUUUGUCUCCAAUCCAGAGCUUUUAACAUAAAACAUUCCCGAUGAUCGUGUGUUGUAUGAAUUAAUCUUUGACGUUUCUCAAAUAAAUGCAAGUGGUUCACAGGCUAUAGCCACAAUUCAAAAAAUGACCAUUUUAAACGUUUUCUUGGCAGAUCUGUUAUAUGGCCUGGUAUAUAUCUCGAUCCACAGCUUUGCCCCAAGUCGAACGAGGGAAUGUAUUUUAUCUCCAAUCUUGAGUUUUUAAAAUAAAACAUCCCGUAGGUAGAUGAUCGUGUGUUGUAUGAAUGAAUUAUGGAUUUCUCAAAUGAAUGCAAGUGGUGCAUUAUUGUUAUCGAUACCAACGCGCGUUUAAACUGACACAGACUAAUAAAGAAAGUUAUUGGUAGCACGUUAGGGAGCAUUCAUUUUUUAGAAGGGGGGGUGGGCCGGAGGAAUCCGUAUGAGCAUGAAUGUAAAAUCUCCCAGCCGUCCCUUUAUAUUUUUUGUUAAAAAAUGUGACCCUCCCCGGGAAGCAGUAAAAUUUAUAGUGACCCACCCCUUCCUCCUGACAAACAUGGUUUGUGGCUGGAUUGUGCAACGAUCCCGUGGUCCUUCACACAGACGCACCUGUUAGCUAGAACGCAACCGCCAAUUGCCUACUUUUCUGCCAUAACGGUUUACCCUGGCCCCUUCAGGCAACUCAUCUUCCUCUUCACUUUCGCUGCUCUUUGAAUCGUUUUCGUUUGGUUUUCACAAAGUAAGCUCGGAGAGUAUGCAGAUCUCUUUAUUUCCAAUGGGUUUGAUUCGCUGGAACUGAGUUUUGAAUAUGUGGAUAAACAACUCCUGGAGGAACAAUUCGCUGAAGGAAUAUGUUUAACAGGCAAACGGCAGCAGCUGCUCUUAGCAAUUCGACAGCAAAAAGAAAGUAAACCACCUCGCCAAACAGAGAUGAGCAUGUACGACUGGUUUCAAGAAAAUGACAUUUCAAGUUAUUUUAAUGCAUUUAUCAACAAGGGUUAUGAUGAUCUAGAAGUAGUUAUUGAAACAAUCACUGAAGAUGUGCUCUCAGUAGAAUUUUCAACAGAGAUUCCCCUACUGGGGCAGAGGAAGAAAGUUGCAUUAGCAGUUCGAAAGGCAAAGGAAAAGCAGGGGGAAAGUAAUAUCAAUGCAGUCGGGAAUAAACCCAAAGCUAGCCAAAGUUUUUUAUCUUGGACCGACAAAGCCCUUGGAGAACCAUGGAAAAAGAAAUCACUGGGCUAUAUUCCCUCUCCAAAAGGUGAAAGAUCAAUAGCAUAUAUGGAACUUCUACCCAAGUUUUAUAAGGCAGUCUGGCCUUAUUGCAAUUAAGAUAGCUAUUUCAGAAACCAGUUCAUGACAGAGAGAAGCCGACAAUACGAAACCAACAUAAAGGUGGGGACACUGCAACAGAAACUGGAUUUCAAAAAAGGAGACAAUCCAGCUGCAUGUGGAAAGUAUUUUACCACUUCAUAUAUUCCAAGAGCCAGUGAUGUAGCUGUUUUGUCUAAACAUUUGGAUCAGCUCACUAGCUUGAAAACUGAAGUAAACAAGCUCAAAAAGGAAGUGGUAGCCAUGGAUCAAGGCCUUUUUGAUAAGAGUGGUAGGUGCCUUUCUCCUGGGAAAUCUAUUCACCAUGACUUUAAUUCUGCUACAGUGAACAAGCUUAAUGAGCUAGGUCAAAACGCUUCAGCAUUUAUGGCUCAGGUUGAUGAAAAGCUAAAGGAGUUACAGAGCACAUUCAAGGGCUUGGUCUUCAAGCCAUCUACCUCCAAAGCUCGAAAGAGGAAGCAAAACAAAAGGAAAGGUAUCAAACGAAAGUUAGCCAGGAUGGAGAAUGCAAAAACAAGAGUUCUGCAAAAGGUUUUACCAAGGGUCAACCAUGACAACGUUGAUAUAACUAUUGGGGUGGAAGACAUUUUCAUUGCAGCAUUAGUAAGUUUAUCAAGAAGGGAGGCAAAGGUUUUGCAUGAGACACUCAAGUCAGACAACCGAUUCUCAGAAGCUGCUAAGGCCUACAUUUCUGAUUCCUUACCACCAUCCUUGGCGUUAUCUGAUAGUGAGAGCCUAAGUGACUCUCACUCUGAUCAGUGACAGACAUGGAACUGUCAAAUUAUUUUAACAACCAGUCUGUGUUAACCAAACUUCUCUUCAACAGUUUCUUUCAGAUAUUAAAAAUUGUUGUUGUUGUCAUCUAAUAAUCAAUUCAGUUGGUGCGACUGGGGCUUUUAUACAUUUCAGUGGCACAAAGUUCAUUUGAGUCUCGAAUUAGCUUUGUAACGUUAAGGGUUCAAAGAUCAGUUUGUAUAAACUUGUAUAAUAUUAAAAAAAAUUAAGUGACCCCCCCUCUUUGUUGUGUCAAAUUUAUGCUGACCCUCCCUUUUUGGGCUGGCAAAACGUUAAUGACCCUCCCCUGAAUUCCUCCGGCCCACCCCCCCUUCUAAAAAAUGAAUGCUCCCUUAUAGAGGAAUUGCACGAUAGUGUCUCACUGGGAAAUUCAUCAUUCGAAUCUCUCUUUUCUCCAGAAUCAAUAUUUUUAGCGUUGCUUGACGGGAUAAAAAUAACUGCGCGGGAUAACUAGGUUUUGCUCAAUGAAUAUUUAUCCUUUCUCACUAGCAUUUUCUUUGUUUUCAGUCAUUACCACCAGACACCGUUAUCCAGGCCUUAGCGAUGAACAGCAACAAGAAGUCCAUGAAAUUGUAACACGACAAAUACAAUUGUACACCAAAUAUCGUAAGGUUGCAACCGAUGAAGGAGUGUCUGGUCUGAUUACACAUAUUCAGGAGACCUACCAUUUGGCCUUAAAAUCUGUUGGUGUAGGAUCUCUGAGGAUAACAUUUACUUGUCGCUCCCUAGAGAGCCUUGAGCAUUUGUGGAGUGACUAUCAGUCUGGCCAACUAAAUGACAUUGCCGAGAGAUACCUCGUGACCGAUGAUAUAAAGAAAAAACUGAACUUGGAGACGAUCAGGUUGAAGACAACUAUAGAAGAGGAAAACUAUCAGAUUUGCAAGAGGAUUUUAAUGGAAAAGUCAUGUGAGUUUGGAAGCCCUAUGUAA